UCAUCAUUCACGAACACGUGUUCACACUGGAGCGCGGAAGUGCAGGACAGAUCAAUAUAGGUCAUAUUUAUGGUGCAGCUAGAGUUCUAAUGAAUAAAUGGCAGUUUAAAUAAUUAUACGGUUGUCCUGAUGUCUCGUUCAGAUGUGCUGUCCCUAUACAGGAGGGUCCUGCGCAUUGCACGCAGUUGGCAGGCGCAGUCCGGUCUGCUACAGGAUACAGACACGGAGAGGAAGUACAUAACUCAGGAGGCUCGAACACUUUUCAGACAAAACCAGCAGAUGACCGAGCCAGAAUCAAUCCAGAGAUGCAUUGAGGAGUGUGAGGCUCGGAUAGAGAUUGGAAUGCAUUAUAGAAACCCUUAUCCCAGACCGACAUAUCUUCAUCCAAUGGGUCUCGCCACUCAGAAAGGGAGAAAACUGCGAGCUCAGCAGAAACUGAGGAAACAAGCCAAACCCUUGUACCUACAUUCCCACGAUGACACCUGACAUAGACAUACACAGACUUUUACUGUACAGAUCGUGAACAGUUUAGGGAAUAAAAUUGAUUUAAAUAAUUUUUAAGUUGCACCAGGGAACAAUAAAGUCUCUUCAUAUUAUUUAAAACUAAAAUGGUAGUAUCAUGAAAAUAGAUCCGUCACAAUGCAAGGGUAUCGCAUGAGUGUUGAUGUGAACUAUUUUGGUUUAUGUUAAACGUGUCUUACAUUAUUUAUUGUUAGCUUUCAUUAACAGUGUCUCAGGUGAUGCUACUCUACAAAGUCUUGUCUGAUUUUCUGAAUUAAUAAUAAGUAUCAUUCGUAUUAUUAAUAAUAAUAAUUAUGUAAUAAUAAUAAUCUGUUUGUGCAUCCAUCUAAAAAAUUACAUCUGGAAUGCUGCAUUUAAUACUUUAAAGGUAAAGGGUUCUGUUUUCGUAAGUGCACAAAGCACAGUGCAACGUGUUACGACUGUGCGCUACGUCUUAUCCAACUUUCAUGAAAGCCGUAAUUCUAAGCACAAUUUUCAUGCAAGUGCAAGUGGGCACGUUUGCGCUAUCUGUGGGUGUGUUGUAUGGUAAUGAAGUGCCGCAAAGCGCAAUUUGCUAUUUUCCUGAGAAAUUGGUCAUUGCGCUAAGACGUUUCAAAAGCAUGUCCGUUUGCAGCGCAAAGUCCAAAUAUAGUUCCUGAAGUUUGAUUUGCAGUUUGGAGAUUAGUAAUAAAGUCCAAACUCUGAAAAUACAGUGGAACAUUAAAUUAUGCCCAUGAUGAUAUCUGUUGUAGCCGUUUUGUGCUAAACUAUCUAUAGGUCAUGGUUUAUUUUUCAAUUAAUAUUAUGUUUAUAUUUACAAUUGUUUUUAUGAUCUAAUUUGUAUUGGUAUUUUUCUACCAGUUGUUGUAGAGUAAUUUUUAACUCACUGUAAAAGGGGCCGGUGGAAGAAGUUGGACAGAGUAAAAUGUUUGGAUUUAGUAUGACAACUUAGUUAUUUUGAAUAUAGUAUCGUUUCGUUUGAAGUGUAAUUUGAAUUUAGAAAUAUUUUUGUUGAAUGUUUUCGUGUUUCAAUAAAUACAUUUAGUUUUUCAAAAUCAACCGGUAGAAGUGCGUUCCGAUUCAAUCUCUGUUAAUACUAGCCAUGAUUCACAAAUUUGAGCCAGUAGAUGAAAAUCAUUAAUAAUACUUACAUUCUCUAAAAUUUAACGUAAAUUCAAAUCCUGACGAGAACCAUAUUUUCCAUGCGUAUUAAAGGAGCGUGUUCCAAUUAACAAAGACACAUUUAAUGCACAAAAUAAUGUAAAUCCAUAUUUCUAUUCUUUUAAUUAAUUGCAUACAGUCCAUUGACACUACCAACUUCUUAUGAAUGUGCUGUCUUUGUUUAUAUCGCUGGUGCAUGAGAGAAUGGACUAUAUAAUAGGACGCAGAUGGUGCUGGAGAAGAACCUCCGGAUUAAAUUGCACGACACGAUUUGUUCCUUGCACGCACAAUUUCGCCAAACCCACUUGCGCCUAGACUUAGCGCAUGCUUGCACGAAAAUACCAAAACUUCAUGGCCAUGACCACUGACUUUGCACUUAUGACUUAUGGCAUAGCUAGUGCUCUUAAAAUAGGGCCCUUAGUGUGUUACUUCUUUCCUAUGGGCGGCAUCAAAUAGAAUAGCAAAAAUAAAAAAUGACUUUUUUUUUUUCUUUCUAACCACUCCUUCUGCCACCCAUCAUAUCAGUAAAUGUGCAAAUGAACAGGUAGAGCCAACCCCCAAACUCACGCCAUUGGCUGAUCCAAAAGCUGACAUGUUGGACAACUCCAAUUAACAGCAAUGUUUUGAAGGCGCCAGUGUUUACACUCUUCAGGAAGUCAACCUACUAAUUAUUUACCUAUUAUUGACUCUCCAUAGAGGGUAGGAGAAAUUUUAACAUACAAAAUUUACGCACAGCAGCUUCAAGCCAUUUUUGUUUUAUUAUGCUAUUGAAUUGUAAGUUAACAAUAUGCUAAUCAGUGCUGUA